AUGCUCGCUGGCCGUCCUCCGCCGCCAGUGUCCUCGCUUGUGCAUGACAUGAUUGCCCAGCGUGCUCGCAAGCAGCCUGACGCUGAGGCUAGUAUUUCCUGGGACACCACCAUGACUUAUGCGGAUCUGGAUGAGCUUUCAGACACUGUGGCGUCGCACUUGGUUUCAAUUGGCCUACAGGUCGGAUCGACAGUGGUAACUUGCCUUGACAAGUCUGGGUGGGUGCCGGCUAUCUACCUCUCUAUUCUCAAGGCAGGUGGUGCCUUUGCCCCGGUGAGUCCUGGUCUAUCCGCGGAUCAGCUCACUUCUGCAAUGAGAAGGCUAUCUCCGAGCAUUGUUAUCUCAUCCACUCCAAACCUCAGCAAGUUUGUGGGACUUGCGGAGCAUGUCCUUGACAUCUCUGAGAUUCUUAAAACCCCCAAGAACACCAACACCCAACUCCUGUCCAGCUUAACGGUCGCUGUACAGGAUCCGGCCUGUGUCCUCUUCACAUCCAAGGGCGAGGGGGAGGAGACUCUACUUGUCUUGGAUCACGUUGCUGUUUGUACUUCCAUCGUCACCAACAGCAACGUUCACGACUUCUCGCCUGCCACUAGAACACUGCAGUUUGCUCCAUACGAUUCCCGAGCCAGCAUCUCAGAUGUGCUCUUCACCCUAGCAGCGGGCGGUUGUGUCUGCACCGUGUCGGAAGAGGAGCAAACUGGUAGGAUCGCUGACGCAUGUACGAGAAUGAAUCCCUCAUUGGUCUGCCUCACGCCCUCUUCAGCAGCUGUUCUCAACCAAGAUGACCUACCGGGUAUAGAUACCAUCAUCUUAGCCGGAGAGCACUUGGACAAGGAUAGCGUUGGGAAAUGGGCCACGGUAGCAAAUCUCAUCAACGCGUACGCUCCCACUGCCGCUCUCGGCUACGCAUGCUGUACAGCACCUCUUAUCACCAUAUCAUCCCCACGCAACAUCGGAUGGCCCCGCGGCUGUGCCGCCUGGGUCAUGGAUCCUCAAGACCCUACCCGUCUCGCACCACCAGGUGCUGUUGGCCAACUACUAGUUGAGAGUCCAUUUCUUGGGCAGAGCUACGAGAGUGGUGAUGGAGGCUCAGCUUCUGCAUUAGUUCCUCGCCCUGAAUGUCUGAGUCGCCCAAUGUUCUCACUAAAGCCCGCAGGUGAUGAACGAUGUUUCUUGACUGAGCACCUUGUCCAAUUUGACAUUGGGGAUGGAACAUUGCAGGUUGUUGGACACAAGAACUCGAAGGGCCAGUUGUUGCAAUUUGACUCUCAUCAUGCCUCAUCAUCAGCUUCCUCAGUGGGCGAAACCCCUGGUGUCACAGGGCCAAUCUCAACCCCUAUGGGUGACAGCGUCUCUGAAACCAGCCUAGACACCACUGCCAUCGAUGUUAACUUAGAGACAACUGAUACUCGUACCACGCUUCUGGGAUUGUCGCCGGAGAAACUGUCUCGUCUGGAAGCUCUUCUACAGCCCCUGGGUCAAGUGCAACAGUGCUACCCAUGCUGCUCCGUCCAAGAAGGCAUCCUUGUCAGCCAGGUGAAGUCCCCAGGAACCUACAACAUCUUGGUUGUCUGGGAACUUGUCAACGCUUCUACUGUUUCUCUGGAUAGACUCCGAACUGCCUGGGAGAGAGUCGUGAAGCGCCAUGCUCCACUACGCUCGACCUUUGUGGAGAGUCUGCGCGAUGGCAGCGUCUUUGACCAAGUCGUCUUGACCUCACCAUCAGUUGAUGUGGUGGAGUUGCCAUGGAUAGAGGACUUGACAGAAGACGAUGAUAUGCUAAAACUAACAUCCGUCACUUGGGACAUGGGGCGACCGCAUCAUCGCCUAGGGCUGUCCAAGGCGGCCGAUGGUAGAUUGCGCUGCCAGCUCCUUAUCAGUCACGCAGUUAUCGACGGCCUGUCUGUUCAAGCUCUUGGACAUGACCUUGAGAGGUCACUUAAUGACCUCCUACCAAACAGUGGGUCCAUGGAUCUUCAAAGCAGAUAUUUCCAGCAGCUGCAGCAGAUACCCAGCGAGGGUGGUCCCCGAGUGUACACCAAACGUCGCUUACUUCCCAAUAUCAAGCAGCUGAGGCAAUUCUGCCAGGAACAAGGAACCACCCUAUUCUCUUUGACUCAGACAGCGUGGGCCUUGGUCCUCCGGGCUUAUACUCUGUCUGACGACGUCUGCUUCGCGUACAUGGCCACUGAUAGGCAUCUUCUUGGUGACGACGCCGACCGAGCGGUUGGCUUCUUUAUCAACCUGAUGCUCUGCCGUGUAGGCCUUGAUGGUUCGACACCUAUCGCAGAUGUACUCAACAAGCUGCGACAAGACUUUGUUGAAGGCUUUCCGUAUCAGCAUCACCCACUGGCGGAGAUUGCUCACGAGCAAGGCGUCCCUGCUAGCCAGCUUUUCAACACGACCAUUACGUUCAUGUCAGAUGAUGAGACAGUAGAGCCUCACUGCGAUGGAGUUCAGCUUCACCGAGUUGCUGACCAGGACGUUGCUGAGUAUGACGUCGUUCUCCGAGUAUUUGAUAGUUAUCAAGACAAUGUUGCUGUCGAGUUCUCGUACUGGAGCUCAUCACUUUCCAGCGCCCAGGCAGAAAAUGUCUUUGGCGCGUUCCUGGCCGCCAUCACCUCAAUUCCACAGUCGACCACCGUCGAUGACGUCCAACUCAUGGAUGAGAGUAUGAAGCAGCAGAUCCAGCAAUGGAACUCGCAGCUGCCAAUGCACGUCGAUACUUGCACCCACGACCUCAUUCUUGACGCGGCACAAGACUAUCCUGAUGCACCUGCCGUCGAGAGUCACGAUGGCAGCUUGUCCUAUGGCGAAUUCGAUGUCAUGACUGGAAAGCUUGCCGCUCACCUCAAGAGCCUGGAUGUCGGCCAUGGGAUCCCAGUCGUGUUCCGAAUGGAAAAGUCGCUUUGGGCUAUUGUCGCCAUGGUCGGCAUCAUGAGAGCCGGGUGUCACUUUGUACCUCUUGAUCCUGCCUGGCCCGUCGAGCGUACUCAAUUCAUCAUCGACAAUGUGGGAGCUAGCAUCUUGCUGACCACAGAGAGUACUCCAGCACUACCAGUUCAACACAUUAAUCACACCGUGGUACUCUCUCCUGAGCUUCUCAACAAGCUACCAACAGAGAAUUCCUUACUACCCCAUGUCAAGCCCAGUGAUCCUGCGUACAUUUUAUAUACAUCGGGUAGUACAGGUCAACCCAAGGGUGUGGUGGUAGAACAUCAGACGCUCAGUUCCAGCUCAACGGCUCACGGGAAGGCCAUGCUUAUGGACAGGCAGACUCGUGCUUUCCAGUUCUCCUCAUUCACUUUCGACGUAUCUCUGGGCGAGAUUAUGACAACCUUGGUCCAUGGUGGUUGCGUCUGUAUCCCAUCCUCUGAUGAUCGACUCAGCAACAUCAGCGGUGCCAUCUCCAAGCUACGCGCCAAUCAACUCUUCAUGACCACCACGACGCUAGGCACUUUUAGUCCUGAGGACUGUCCCACCGUCAAGACUGUUGUUUGUGGAGGAGAGUUGUUGUCGCAGGCUAUCAAGGAUGUUUGGGCUCCUCACGUGAAUCUUCUUCACGGGUACGGACCGACGGAAGCAUGCAUCUACGCUGUUUCUGGCCACGCAAACGAUCCAACUCUUCCACCCUCCGUCAUCGGCCAUGCAAUGGACGGCAAUCGAGUUUGGGUCUGUCGUCCAGACGACCCACGUAUCCUGAGUCCUAUAGGAGCAUUGGGUGAACUCAUCAUCGAGGGCCCUAUAGUUGCGCGUGAGUAUUUCAAUGAUAGUGACCGUACUAACACUUCCUUCUUAGAUCGAAUCCCCGAAUCGUGGGGUACACCGUCUCCCUAUCGCCUGUAUCGCACCGGAGACCUUGUUCGCUGGAACAUGGACGGAAGUCUGACGUUCUUCGGUCGUCAUGAUGGACAGUUGAAGGUGCGUGGCCAACGAUGCGAGGCAGGCGAUAUUGAGAACCACCUCACCACUAUCGAGCCCGAUAUCGCCCACUGUGCUGCUCUUGUACCAAAACAAGGUGCUUGUGCCUCUAUGCUCGUGGCUGUCCUAUCGUUCAAGACGACUCAUCCAGUCUUGAGCACGACCACGGGUGAAGUGCAGCUCCUUGACACCCAACAAGUUUCUGGCAUCAUAGCCAAGCUUCAAGAGAGCCUUGCCCAGCAGGUCCCUGGCUACAUGGUGCCUCAGGUCUGGCUUCCAGUAGUAUCUCUCCCUUCAACAACAGCCUGCAAGACUGAUCGUCGCCGUGUUUCUCGAUGGGUUGACCAGCUCGACAAAGCUACUUUGGACAACGUACUCAAUCUUGCAACCACGCACUCUGCCACGCCUUUGGCAGACAGGAGUCCAGUGCACAUGAUGCUCGCAACGGCAUGGGGCGAGGUUCUUGGUACUCCUGUUGAGUUCAUUCCUGAUGAUCGAUCCUUCUUUAGCCUUGGUGGUGAUUCCAUCCUGGCUAUUCUGGUUGUCAAUAGGUGCCGCGCUCAAGGUAUUGAGCUUUCUGUCAGCGACAUUCUUCGAGGCCGUACCAUCAAUGACAUGGCCAACAACAUCGCCAUCUCAGAGCAGCAUUCCACAUCCGACUCUUCCACGCAGGGCCAUGUCACCGCUGCCCAUAGCCUUGCCCUUGGAAGUGGCUAUGACUUGGAAUCGCCUGUACUUAGCCAAUCUCGUACAGCGCAGCUUCAACUCGCCAGCUCCAUCGAUCAACACACCCUCGAAGAUGCUGUCAGACAAUUGAUCCAUCUUCACCCAGCCCUUCGAACCACAUAUGUGAAGGAAGACGAUGCUUGGUUCGCACGAGAGAGUACAGAUGUGAGCAAGGUGCUCUUGUUUGUCUCCCAUGACGGCACCGAAGCAAAGUCUUCAGCUUUGCUUGAUGCCACUGAGGGGCCCCUACUAGCUGUUGAUUACUUCCCAGGCCACAACAGAGUCGCGGUAUCCGCCCUUCACAUCACGCUCGACUUGGCAUCUUGGAACCUCGUGCUCAGAGACCUUGACUGUAUCCUAUCGGGAUCUCCUGUCAUUCCCCACGCCCGUCCAGCGAUGGACACUCGUGCCUCACCCAGUCAUACCGAUGAACCCUCGGUAGUUGCUAAUCUGGACUACUGGGAACUUGACCCUGAGGAAACCUACCUACCUCACGAGUCGAAGUAUGAGCUUCGAAUUGACGCAGACGCUUCUCAACUUCUCUUUGAGUCUUGUUCUCGCUCCAUGCUGACGGUAGUGGACGUUGUGGUUGCGGCAGCUGCGGAAUCAUUCUCACGAAGCUUCACGGAUCGUACCGUGCCCGUGAUUCACGCUGCAGACACUCCACGUACCCAUGUUGGAUAUGGCGAUUCGGUGUAUCCAGUCCAACUCACCAAUGACUUGGUAUCAUCUGGCACUGCUGUAGUAGCAGCGACGGCAAAGAACGCUCGUCUCGCUUCCUCUAAGGAAAUCUCUUCUUAUAUGGCUGAGUCUUAUACGCCCAAGGUUCUUGCCGCUCGUUUGCCUGAGAUUCUCGUCAGAUGCCUCGACAAUGCCAGAUUUCAGGGCAAUCUGUUACAGCAGCAAGGAGACGAUCUUGAUACCGCCACCCUUAUUCCCUCCUGUAUCAGCAUCACAGUCAGCCCCAAUGACGACAAGUCUCUCGGUGUUGUAGUGGCGCACAGUUGGGACCUUGGUCAGCAGAAGAAGGUUCGCAAAUGGGUUCGGGUACUUCAGACAGCUCUUUUGGACACGAUUCGAGCGGUUGCCAGGGCCAACUUUGUGUCUCCUGCCGAUUUCCCUCUUGUCAAGGUCUCCGAUGACAAGGCAUGGGAACAACUGCGAAGUACCAUUAACGAAGCCGUCGGUCCUUCCGGCCCGACUGUGGAGGAUGUGUACCCUUGCUCUCCUGUACAGCAGGGAAUGCUCAUCAGUCAAGCCAAGUCCACUUCGUCCUACACAGUAGACGUUGUAUGGAAGAUACAUGCCCCAUCUGGCUCCCCCGCAGUCUCCAUUGCAAAAUUGGAGAAUGCCUGGGCCAAGGUAGUCCAGCGACACUCUGCCCUGAGAACAAUCUUUGUUGAUGGAAGUGCCGCCAACGAAGCGUUUCUUGCCACCGUCUUACGCAACCCGUCGGCUCGUGUCAUACACCAGACAGUCGUGGGUGAAGACGCUGUCGAAUCUCUUUUGGCAUUUGAUCCAGAACUCCCCGUCGCUUCUCACGAGCCACCUCACGUUUUGACCAUUGCGGAUGCACAGGACAAGAUUUUGGUCCAUCUGCGCAUCAACCAUGCCGUGGUAGACGGUAUCUCACUUGACGUGCUACAGCGUGAUCUACAUCGCGCCUACGUCGACGAGGUCGGCUCUGAAUGGUCCGUCUCGGACCAUUCAUUCCGUGAUUAUGUCGCCUAUGUCAAGGCACAAGACUCAGACAAGUCUCUUGACUUUUGGAAGAACCGUCUCAACACAGUCUCGGCCUGUCGCUUCCCACAACUCCAAGUACCCGAUGUUGCUAUCGCAAACGAGAAGCGUAUCUUCAAGACCCAGAUCGACGAUAUCGCACCUCUUCUCAAGUUAUGCCAGACUAACGGCGUCUCUAUCUCGAAUCUGGCUCAGCUUGCUUGGGCAUUGGUGUUGCGCGGCUAUACCAACAAUCACCACGUGUGCUUUGGCUACAUGACCUCUGGUCGUGAUGCACCUGUCAGUGGCAUCGAGAGCGCUGCUGGAGUCUUUAUCAACCUCGUCAUCAGUGACCUUGCGCUGGACGACGCCAUGACCGUUAAGGAAGCCUUGGAGUCCUCUCGCGCGGGCCUUGCCGACAGCAUGGAUCAUCAGUAUUGCCCUCUUAGCAAGGUCCAGAAAGCCUUGGAUAUGGGCGGUGAGCCCUUCUUCAACACUGUCUUGUCAUGUUACCGCGAAGACGAUGUCACUCCAUCCAAGACAGGAGUUGCUGUUGACUUGGUUCAUCUGGACGAUACGAGCGAAUUUGCCAUCGCAGCAAAGAUUGCUUAUACUCGUUCCACCAUGGAGCUCAGUCUGACAUACAGAACUGAGGUCAUCUGUCCUGAAGCAGCGGAUGUGAUAGGCGACGUCUGGCUCCGAACACUUCAGUCUCUGCCGUCUCUGUCUGAUACCAAGAUAUCCGACAUCAGCUUGAUGGACCCUCUCAGUAGCAAGCUAGUCAAGAGAUGGAAUGAGCAUGUACCUGGUCCCGUAGACGCUUGUCUACACGACAUCAUUACAGAUGUCGCUCGUAUUGAGCCUGACAAAAUGGCUCUUUACUCUUCCGCGGGAACCCUUACAUACGCUGAACUGGACGAAUUUUCGACCCGGCUUGGUCAUCAUUUGGUCUCUAUGGGUGUAGGCCCCGAAGUCAUUGUGCCUCUACUCUUUGAGAAGUCCAUCUGGGCCGUUGUAGCCAUGCUCGGUGUUCUCAAGGCUGGAGGCGCCUUUGUGGCUCUAGAUCCAGCUCACCCUGCUGAACGCUUGGCACUCAUCAUUUCGGAUACUGGAAGUCCAGUGAUGGUCAUGUCCGCCAACCAGGCUACUACUCCUCUCGUCACUGGGGACCUGUCUAAUUUGGAAGUGGCCAUGUUCACCGUAACGCAUGAGUCUAUUCUCGAGUUGCCAGCUCUCAGCGACAAGCCUUGUCCAACUGUGACUCCUGACAACGCUGCGUAUGUCAUUUUCACCUCGGGUAGCACAGGCAGACCAAAGGGCGUAGUCAUUGAGCAUCGUGCUGUGAGCACCGGUACCAAAGAGCACGGUUCUCAAAUGAACUACACCAGCACCUCCCGAGUACUACAGUUUGCUUCAUAUGCCUUUGACGCCACCAUUGGCGAGGUCUUCACAACGCUCGUCUAUAACGGCACCGUCUGUAUCGCCACAGAAACAGAGCGCAUCGAAGAUCUUACUGGCUUCAUAAACCGAGCUAAUGUCGAUUGGGCCUUUUUGACACCUGCAGUCGCCAGAAUGAUGACUCCAAGCGACGUUCCAACGCUAGAGACUUUGAUCUGUGGUGGUGAGCCAAUUGGUGAUUUGACCCCUCGCAUCUGGAGUGAAAUCAAGUUCAUUCAAGCGUACGGUCCGACAGAGACGUGUGUCUUUGCAUCCAUCAGUGAUCGCCAACAUCGAGAGGUGCGUCCAGCUAUCAUCGGCCACAUGAUGGGCAGCGCCGCUUGGGUAGUCAGCCCCAGCAAUUCGGACCUCCUCGUUCCCGUAGGUUCAGUCGGUGAGAUGCUCAUCGAAGGCCCCAUCCUCGGCCGUGGAUAUCGAAACGACCCCGACAAGACAGAUGCCAGCUUUAUACGGGAUCCCGAGUGGUCGGUGCAUUACCCAAGGCAUUCCAAUGGGCGCCGUCUCUACAAGACUGGUGACCUGGUGAGGUAUAACCUCGAUGGUUCAAUGGACUUUGUUCAGCGCAAGGACACACAGAUCAAGAUCCGAGGUCAGCGAGUUGAGGCUGGUGAGAUCGAAAGUCACGUCACCAGUGCCCACAAGGACGUACAGCAUGUCUACGUGACCUUUGUCAAGAACGGUAGACUGAGCUCGCGUCUUGUGGCUAUCAUCUCGUUGAAGGGCUUCGGCUCGACAGAGUCGUCAAGCUCAGGCUCGCUCCAAGUCUUGAAGGGCGACGACUACGACAGAGCCAAAGAGCUGUUGCGUACAGUCACGGAAUACCUUUCCUCGAAGUUGCCGAGACACAUGGUCCCCGCCGUCUGGGCAGUCGUUGAAGGAUCCUCAGUUCCUCUAACGACUUCUGGCAAGAUUGAUCGUCGCCUGAUGACAAACUGGCUGGAGAAAGCGGACGAGGACCUUGUAAGGCAGAUUCUUGCUCUUGGUCAAGAAGAAUCUGUCUCGGAUGAUUCCUUGACUUCAACAGAGGUUACUAUACGCUCCGUCUGGGCUCUAGUUCUGAACCUGGACCCCCAAAAGAUCAACAGCGAACAUCGCUUCUUCAGCCUGGGCGGCGACUCGAUUACCGCCAUGCAAGUUGUGUCUCAUUGCAGGAGUCAAGGCAUUGCGCUCACUGUGAAGGACAUCUUCAAACACCAAACAAUUGCGUCCCUCGCCGCGUUUGUCGACUAUGAUUCAGCAGGGAAGAUCGGCGCACCCGCCACGGGUAACGAGUUUGACCUUUCGGACCCAGUCGAAGAGAGUUUUGCUCUGUCGCCAAUUCAGAAAAUGUUUUUUGACAUUUAUCCUGAUGGCGUUAACCAUUUCAACCAGAGUUUCUUGGUGCAGAUCGCGUCGGGGAACAAGGUCGCGUCGCCUACCCUACACGCGGCACUCAACCAGCUUGUCAGUCGUCACUCAAUGCUUCGUGCCCGGUACACCAGAAGUCAAGGUCAAUGGGUCCAGCGCGUUACAGAUGACGUGAAUGGAUCGUUGCAGUACCAGGAGCACAAGAACACUAGUCUUGGCCAGAUAAGCAACCUUAUUGAUUUGGCCCAACAAUCAUUGGAUAUCCAACAUGGUCCCCUUGUUUCUGCGAAGCUCAUUCAAUUGCCUAGUCGUCAGAUUCUAGCCCUCGUGGCUCACCAUUUGGUAGUUGACAUGGUUUCCUGGCGCGUCUUGCUUGAGGAACUUGAAGCUAUAUUGACCGGUAAACCUCUUGCUCCGGCAUCCGUACAGCCCGUGCCAUUUCAGGCGUGGGUUCGAGUUCAAUCAACUCUCGCCGAGGAAUUAUCCGCACACAAUGUCCUCCCAUAUCCCGUUCCCGAACCACGCCAGGACUACUGGGGUAUUGAUCUAGCCAAGUCCAAUGGCUGGGCCUCUACACGCGAGAUAAGCUUCGAGCUUAACGAAGCCAUGACCAAGGCUAUUCUGGGACCUUGCAACGAGCCUCUGCAGACAGACCCUCAGGACUUAUUCCUUGCUGCAGCGUUCCGAUCUUUCGCCCAGGCUUUCCCCGACCGGCCCCUCCCAGCCAUUUUCACAGAAGGUCACGGCCGUGACGCUGAUGUUGAUGUCGAUCUCUCUCGCACAGUUGGAUGGUUCACUUGCAUCGUUCCCGUUGCGCUCGCCCAGGAUGUGCCGGAGGACUUGCUUGAGACUACCAUGAGGAUCAAGGAUUCUCGCAGAUCGGUCCCUGGCCACGGCGUACCCUACUUCUCGUAUCGGUACAUGUCUGGAGAUGGAGUAACUGGGAAUGAGUUUCGACAACACGACCAGAUGGAGAUCUUGUUCAACUACCACGGUCAGUAUCAGCAGCUAGAGCGAGACGGUGCUCUCCUCCAGACAAUCCCCGAGGGGGAAUUUGCACAGCGCGAUGUUGACAAUUCAGCACGCCGUUUGGCUGUCUUUGACAUUUCAGUUGCUGUCGUUUCGGGACGAGCUAGAGUAUCCAUGCUGAUGCCCCAAAGCUUGGCACCAACUCUCGCGCAGCAAGUUGAAGUCUGGAGCGAUUCCUUCCAAGACAAACUUGCCGAUGUGGUCUACAAGACGAGUACCAUGAAGUCAGAAUUUACCUUGAACGACACACCGCUGAUCAAGGAUAUGUCCUACCCCAAUCUUGCCGAGAUGAAGACUCUUUGUCUUGAGCACACUGGUAAAUGGGGACCUGGAAGCAUCGAGGAGAUUUUCCCCUGCUCGCCCAUGCAGGAAGGCAUUUUACUCAGCCAAAUGCGGACUCCCGAUCUUUACGACGUUCGUUUUGCCUUCGAGGUCUCCUCCCACGACAGCAGCCCUCAAGUGAGCCGUCUGCACGAAGCCUGGGAACAAGUUGUCAAGCGUCAGCCCAUGCUUCGCACCGUGUUUCUGCCGAAUCUUCGUGGCAGUGGAUCAUUUGACCAGGCCAUUCUGCGAAAGACUCUUGCUACAGUUCAUCACAUUGAACUGGAGGAACUUGCAGAACCAUCUAGCCAUCUCGUCAAGAGGGUCCUCGAGACUAUGGAAAAGGCACCAGCCAGCAGCUUCGAGUAUGGCAAGGUUCCUCACGAGUUGAGCAUUUACACUGUUGGCGAUCGCAUGUUUAUCCUACUUCGAUUGAGCCAUGCCUUGGUCGAUGGAGCAUCUCUGCCAUAUAUCAUCAAGGACCUUCAACAAGCAUACAUGCACAAGCUCCCAGCUGCUCCUGGUCUCGGUUACAGGGAGCUGGUUUCCUUCAUCCAGAAACAACCCAUGGAUGAGGCCCUCGAAUACUGGAGUGGAUACCUUGAUGGUGCUGGCCCAUGUCGCCUACCACUUCUUCUUGAUGAUGCUGUGAUCCCAUCUCCUGGCAAGUUGGAAGCACGAGAUAUUCCUGUUCCUGUUCCUGAUGCAAAAGCCCUGCGAUCACUUUGCGCCAAGUACGGUGUUACAAUGGCCAGUAUCUUCCAUGCAGCCUGGGCUCUCAUCCUGCGUGCAUACAUUGGCGACGAUGAGGUGCACUUUGGCUACCUCGCCUCAGGUCGCGAUGCUCCCAUCCAAGGCAUCACCAGCCUCAUUGGUCCACUGAUAAAUAUGCUCAUCUCCCGUGUCAACUUCGAUCGUUCCAAGACGGUUGCUCAGCUUCUUCAGGAUAUCUGUGAAGAUUUCGCUUCUAGCAUGUCGAACCAGUACGCAUCGCUCGCCCAAGUUCAGCACAGUCUUGGCCUAGGCUCUGAACCGCUCUUCACUACCGUUGUAUCAUUCCAGCGACACGACCCCACCAGUGCCGGUGCAGACGGUGGUAGUGAUGGUAUCAAGCUGACGGGAAUUGACUCUCGCGACCCUACCGAGUAUGACGUCUCUCUCAACGUUGUCGAUUCGGAUCAAGAGCUUUCCUUCACUUUCACCUACUGGACUUCCAAGAUCUCCUCUGCUCAUGCAACACACAUGAUUCGAGCCUUACUAUCCGCCCUGACCAGUUUCGCUGAGAAUGUUGAUCAACCUAUUGUCAAUGUCAACCUUGUCAGCCCCGAGACUCGCUGCGAGUUGGACUCUUGGAACGCCAUUGGUAUGCAGGAACUUCAUACGGAAUGUGCACACACUCUGUUUGAGCAGCAGGUUGAGAAGAUUCCUGACCAGCAAGCUAUUUGCGCCUGGGACGGCAAUUUUACCUACCGUGAGCUUAACGAGGCUUCCAAUGCCUUUGCCCAUCAUCUGUAUUCUCUCGGCGAGGCCACACCCAAGCCUGACGAAUUUGUUAUCACAUGCUUCGACAAGUCGGCUUGGGCGACUGUGUCUCAGAUGGCUAUCCUAAAGGCUGGUGCGGCUUUUGCUGCUGUUGAUCCAACUUAUCCUAUUGUUCGCGUCAAGACCAUUGUGAACGACUUGAGAGCUUCUGUCCUGUUCACAGAGACAAAGUACAAAGAUCGUUUCCAGGGUAUUUUUUCAAAGGUUAUCGUUGUGGAUCAAGAGAUGUUGGAUUCUAUCGGCGGCCCUCAACUUGAUGCCCCUUCAACCCCGGUGAACGGAAACAAUCUGUCAUACUCCAUCUUCACCUCCGGUAGCACGGGUCAACCCAAGGGCAUCUUGAUCGAGCACCAGUCUUUAUCGACUGUAGCAAAACACUUUGCCAAGCCCUAUCAAAUCGACCAGAACACCCGAACAUUGCAGUUUGCCGCCUACACAUUCGACUUGUCUGUCGGAGAAACGUUCAUGACCCUUCUCAACGGAGGUUGUCUCUGCAUAACGUCUGAACGUCGUCGACUAGAGGAUCUGACUGGAGCGAUCAACGAUUUCCAAGUCAACUGGGCCUUCUUGACACCAACUAUGGCAGACAUUCUGGAUCCAGCCCAGGUUCCCAGUAUGAAAUCGCUCGCCUUGGCUGGAGAGGCUGCUACGUCGGAAAACAUCCGCAAGUGGCAUGACAAGGUUCAUUUCGUCAUUGCAUACGGUCCUGCUGAAACGACUAUUUGCUGUAACGCCACAGAUGGCGUCAAAGCAACUAGUGACCCUGCAAACUUUGGUCCUGCUAGGGGUGCAGGCAUCUGGGUGGCGGAUAUGGAUGAUCCCUCUAUUCUGUUACCAGUCGGUGCGGUAGGAGAACUCCUUGUCGAGGGUCCCAUUGUCGGGCGAGGCUACGUUGACCCCAUCAAGACGGCAGAGGUCUUUAUUGACCCUCCUACGUGGCUUACAACACAGUAUCCAAGAGUCUACCGAUCUGGAGAUAUUGUGCGGUAUAACCCUGACGGUACUUGCUCCUUCGUUCGUCGGCGAGAUAACCAGGUCAAGGUCCGUGGCCAGCGUAUCGAGCUGAAUGAGGUCGAGGUCCAUGUAUCCCAAGCUGAUGCAGACCUACAACACACGGUUGUCCUGCUUCCCAAGACAGGUGCUUGCCAAGGACGUCUGACCACAGUGCUUUCUCGUCACCAACAGCAAGAGAAAGUUGAAGCACAGCGAGUGUUGUGCCCUGUGACCAGCGAGGAGGACAGGAGUCGCAACUCCACCCUCCGAAACAAGUUAUCGUCAACGUUGCCUGGGUAUAUGAUACCCAAGAUUUGGAUCACGGUGGAGCAGCUACCUCUUACCACCAACGGUAAGAUGGAUCGUCGAAAGAUCCAGGACUGGGUGCAUGCCCUUACGGAGCAAGAACUAGCAGCAAUCGUUUCAUCGACAGAAACGACAGUUACAGGAACGCAAGAUACAAGGAAACUUACGCCCAUGGAACAGCAGCUUGUCAAAGCCUGGAGCCAGGUCCUCAACUUGCCCGCCAGUUCAUUACCGCUAGACCAAUCCUUUACCAGUCUUGGAGGCGACUCCAUUUCCGCGAUGCAGAUUGUUUCCAAGGCCAGAGAGUGCGGCGUCACUGUCUCAGUUGACAAGGUUCUUCGCAGCGAAUCUCUUUCAGAGCUUGCCAACCAUGCGCGUUUCAAGGCUCUCGCCCCCAACAGCAACGGGAUACAAUCCCUGGUCGUGGAGAAGACAGAGCCGUUCCCUCUGUUGCCAAUCCAGCGCAUGUUCUUCGAGAUGAAUCCUUCUGGCAACAACCAUUUCAACCAGACUUUCACGGUCAGACUCUCCAAGACUUUAUCUGCUGAGCGAAUCGAGUCUGCCAUUACCACCGUGGUGAAGCAUCAUCCCAUGCUUCGUGCGCGCUUCCUCAAAGAUCACAACAGUGACUGGACUCAACAGAUUGUACCUGAUGCUGAGAGCAGCUUGGGAUUCCGACAACAAAGCUUCGCGUCUCUGUCCGAUGCGGUACCUGUUCUUGAUGAGUUGCAGACUAGCCUUGACAUUCAUAAUGGACCACUGGUGGCAUCCUGUCUUAUCAACCUUCCUGAUGCUCAGGUACUCUCCCUCGCAGCUCACCAUCUGGUCGUCGACCUUGUAUCCUGGCGUGUCAUACUGUCUGACCUCGAGAUUUUGUUAUCAUCCGAAUCUAAAUCUCUUCCAUCACUUGCUCCCGCAGCUGUCACGAUGCCCGCUUGGACAGAUGCCCUCCUCUCGCGAGCAAAGGACUACAAUGUCGAAUCAGUCCUUCCAUUCACUGUGCCAUCAGCCAACUUUGGCUUUUGGGAUAUGGACAAUGGCCGGGAGAACGUCAUGGCGGAUACAGUUGUCAUCCAGUCACGUUUAGACGCGUCUAGCACAGCAGCACUGCUAGGACGCGCCAACAUUGCCUUUAGAACAGAUCCAGAUGACUUGAUGUUAGCGGCCCUGGUGUUUUCCUUCCUCCGCGUCUUCCCUGAGCGAUCGGUCCCGACCAUAUACGCUGAGGGUCACGGUCGCAAUGCAUGGGAUGAUAGUAUCGACUUAUCACGCACCGUUGGUUGGUUCACAACUAUGUACCCCCUUGUUGCCUCCGCGACUACUCGCGAUCUUGUUGAGACAGUUCGUCAAGUCAAGGACAUAAGGCAUAGCAUUCGCGACAAGGGAUUCCCGUACUUUGCAAGUAGAUAUCUUACCGCGCAAGGCCGAGAUGCCUUCAAAGAGCAUACCAACAUGGAGGUUCUCUUCAAUUACCUAGGCCAAUACCAGCAACUACAGCAGUCUGAUACCGUUCUCCGAGAGCUUCAAGAGCCACUCGAGAUUCAAGAUGCUGCGCCAAGUACACCUCGAAUGGCACUUAUCGACAUCCUCGCCGCUGUCGAAGGCUCCGAGAUGGUCCUGUCAAUAGGCUACAACGGAAGAAUGGGCCAUCGAGAUCGUCUACAACUCUGGCUCAACGAGUACACCGCCGCCCUACGAUCUCUGUCAACAGAACUCCCCACGAUGUCUCCCUCCUUCACUCCAGGAGACUUCCCCCUCCUUGGCAUUGAUGAUGCUGGGCUCAAGUCCCUAGCCGCGACGUGCAAAGCCAAGGUUGGAUCUUUGGACCCAACAAUGGUCGAAUCAAUCUACCCGUGCUCGCCGUUACAGCAGGGUAUUCUUGUCAGCCAGGCUCAGGAUGCCAAAUCCUACAUCGUCUACGCAGCAUGGAAGAUCCGCCCUGCACGUGGAACGUCGUUCAAUGUCAACCAACUGAAGGAUGCCUGGCGGCGACUUGUGCGCUACCACCCCGUGCUCCGUACUGUCUUCUGCGAGAACGGGACAUCCGACGGAGGUCACGCCCAAGUCUUGUUGAGGGCUGAUACUGCUGCUGCCGAGCCCACCAUAAAGGAGAUUCAGUGUCAGAGAUCUGACGUUGCCGAGUUCCUAAGAUCCUCAGCUUCAUCCCUACCAACAGACAAGCCACCCCACAUCUUGUCCAUCUGCACCACCGAUGACGACACUUAUGUAUCUCUUCAAGUCAGCCACGCCUUGAUUGAUGGUACUUCUAUGAACCUGGUGAUGGAUGAUCUCGUGCGUUCUUACAACGGUAAUCUGCAAGGAUCCGGCCCAUCAUACAACGACUACAUCUCCCAUAUUUGCAGCGAACCUAUUGCUAGAUCGCUCUCCUAUUGGACGGAAACUCUUGCCGACACUCAACCUUGUCUCUUCCCCGUCCUCUCUACUGAAGGUACUAAGAGAGUGUUGAACAAGAUCACACUUGAUGUUCCCAGCAGUACCACCGAUGCUAUGCGCCAACUUGGCCGCGCGCAUGCUAUCUCAGUCUCCAACAUCUUUCAGUUGGCCUGGUCACUCGUGCUCCGGGCUUUCACAGGCUCAGAUAGUGUUUGUUUUGGCUAUUUGACAUCUGGCCGCGAUGUACCAGUGGACAGAAUCGAGGCAAUGGUCGGCCCAUUGAUCAGUAUGCUCGUCUCCAGCACCCAAUUUGGGUCUAGCGAUGACGAGGCACAGUCCGCCCUGGAUCUACUCAAGUCGAUCAAUCGCAGCUAUAUUGACAGUCUACCUCACCAGCAUUGCUCACUUGGAAGCAUUCAAAAUGCUCUGGGUGUUAGCAACACAGGUCUCUUCAAUACAGUUAUGUCUCUGCAAAAGAUAAACGAAGAGGCCGAGACACCAGAAGAGUUUGGUUUCGACCUUUUGGAUUCGCACGACCCCAGCGAGUACAACAUGACUCUCAACAUCCUCGAUUUCAACAACAUUGUUGAGUUGCAUUUCACAUAUUGGACAGACAAGCUAUCAGAUAGCUAUGCUUCGACGGUUGUGGACGCUACACUCCGCGCAGUAGAAGCUAUUGUCAAGGACCCAAGCCGCAAAAUGCCCGUUGUCGAUCUCGUGGGCGAUUCCGAACGCCAAGGCCUCGUAUCCCGAAUCAACCAAGAUCACCCAACCUUGCAGACGACCGUACACGCUCUUAUCGAAGCCCAAGUGAAGGCAAUCCCAGACAAUUGUGCCGUCACCUCAUGGGAGGGCGAUCUAUCAUACACAGAGCUCGACCAUCACGCCACCCGCCUUGCCGUACACUUACGUAGUCUCGGCGUUGGGCCUGAAGUCACAGUUCCAUUGUGCUUCAAGAAGAGCAUCUGGACUGUUGUUGCCAUAUUGGCCGUGAUGAAGGCCGGAGGUGUCUUUGUACCUCUGGAUCCUGCUCAUCCGGCUGAUCGUAUAAAGGGAAUUGUGGAACAGCUCCCAUCUCGUAUUGUUGCACUCACAUCACCUCAAUGCGUCCUCACAGUCGCCCAUCUUGUCGACAACACCAUUUCCGUCGAUGCAUCCUCUAUUGCGCAACUGGAGAACGUUUCGAGUGCUGAGUCUCUGUCUCCUGGAGCCACACCGUCCAAUGCGGUGUACAUCAUCUUUACUUCUGGUUCAACCGGUCAGCCUAAGGGAGUUGUUCUUGAGCAUAGUGCCGCCGCUUCAGGAACAACAGCCCAUGGACACGAUAUGUCUUACAGCCGAGACUCAAGAGUCCUUCAAUUUUCUUCGUAUUCUUUUGAUGCCUCUAUUCUGGAGAUUCUUACAACACUCGUGUACGGCGGCUGUAUCUGUGUCCUAUCUGAGGAGGAGCGCAUUAACGACCUUGUUGGGGGUAUCAAUCGACUUCGCGUCAAUUGGGCAUUCCUUACUCCGGCCGUUGCCAUGAUGGUCGAGCCAUCGCAAGUCCCUACUCUUCGUCUUCUUGCCCUUGGAGGCGCACCUCUAUGGCUUGCAGUCUUGCAGAAAUGGACUGCAGUAGGCACAAUUCGGGUUGUUAAUGGCUAUGGACCUACAGAAUGCUGCGCACUCUCCACGCAUAACUACUAUAGCCGAUCCUAUAUGAGACCCGAAGUCAUCGGUAAGGCCAUGGGCUGUAACACAUGGGUAGUUGAUCCCCGGGAUCCCAACAUCCUCAUGCCCAUCGGCGCGGUGGGUGAACUUCUUAUCGAAGGACCUAUUGUGGCCCGAGGCUACCUCAAUGACCUUGUCAAAACUCAAGAUGCCUUCUUGAAUGGUGUAUCGUGGCUUCCUAGCGGUCGAUUAUACCGCACAGGUGAUAUCGUCUCCUAUGCUACCGAAGGGAAUGGGGACAAGAUCUCUUACAUCCGCCGGAAGGAUACCCAGGUCAAGGUCCGCGGUCAACGCAUCGAACUCGGAGAGAUCAGCUACCAGAUUGGCGCUUCACAUGGCAGUAUAGUCGCUCAUCUUGUUGUACUUGGAUCUCGAGGCAAGUUCUCUGGACAAAUCGUUGCCAUCUUUGCCUUGGACGGCUUUCCCACGCAUCAACAAGGAAACGACGAACCCCUACAGCUUCUGGAUAGUCCUCAAGACCUUGCCAAGGUUAGGGCUAUCAUUUCGGAAGUGAGCGAGUUUAUCAGUGAUAAGUUGCCCUCUUCUAUGCAGCCUUCCGCUAUGGUUCCUGUCAACCGCAUGCCAAUCAACACAUCUGGAAAGAUCGAAGCCCGUCGCGUCAGCGCUUGGGUAGACGGCCUCGACGAUGCAACAUACGCCCGCAUCAUGCGUAUCGCUGAUGAGCCCGAUGAUGAGCCCGAUAACGAGCCCGAGGCCAACGUCAUUCAGAAGAGCGAGGCUGAAGACAUUAUACGGGCCGUGGUUGCCGAGGUGGUCAACGUACCGCUGGAGCAGAUCCCUCUACGCCGCUCCUUCUUCGCAAUUGGUGGCGACUCCAUCUCUGCCAUGGCCGUCGUUUCUCGCUGUCGCAGUCGUGGUAUCACGUUUACCGUCUCGGAUAUCUUCAAACACAAGACCAUCACUGCCCUCGCGCAAUUCGUCAGCCAGUCCACUCAACAGAUCACCAAAAAAGAUGGCGAUGGCAUCGAUAGGUCCGAUAAGGUCAAUGUGGAUUUCUCUCUGUCUCCUAUUCAACAGAUGUUCUUUGAUAUGUACCCAGAUGGUGUCAAUCACUUCAACCAGAGCUUCUUGGUCCAGCUUCCGAGCACAGAGGCUUUGACCUCGACGGUUGUACAUGAAGCCAUCCGUCAGCUCGUAGAUCGACACUCGAUGCUGCGUGCUCGGUUCAGUGACGAAGACGGCGAUUGGGUGCAACGAGUCACUCCUUCUGGGGAUGCCAAGUCACUCAAAUACCAAGUGCACAAUGGGGUCAACGUUGACCAGGUGGUCAAGUUGAUUGAUGUUGCACAGACCUCGUUGGAUAUUCGCACAGGUCCCGUCAUGGCGGCUUCUCUUUUGAACCUAACCGACAAGCGACGUAUCCUAGUCUUGGUCGCCCACCAUCUUGUCAUCGAUAUGGUCUCAUGGCGUGUUCUUCUGGAAGAGCUCGAAGUCAUCCUGUCUGGCAACGGGCACUCGCUACAGAAUAUGCCGACGUCACUACCUUUCCAAGCUUGGGUCCGCACUCAGCCCCGUAGAGUGUCGAAGUGGAGUCCAUCGCGUGUGCUCCCUUACGAUAUUCCGAAGCCCCGAAUGGACUACUGGCUAAAGCGAGGAGAGGACAAUACGUGCGGUGACACUCGCGAAUUAGGUUUUACCUUGGACGCGGAUGCAACAAAAGCACUCCUGGGUUCUUGCAAUGAAGCUUUCCAGACCGACCCCCAGGAUCUCUUCCUCGCAGCUGCCUUUCAAUCUUUUGCGGAUGCCUUCCCCGAUCGUGGUCCCCCGGCCAUCUUUGUUGAAGGCCACGGGCGUGGUGACGGUGCUUCUGAAGGCCUAGAUCUCUCUCGAACAGUUGGAUGGUUCACCUCCAUUGUUCCAGUUGCCUUACCAGACGGUGUCGUUGCUACCAACGUUGUCGAUACCCUGAUGAGGAUCAAAGAUGUCCGCAGGUCGGUUCCAGGCCAAGGCGUGCCUUACUUCUCCUACCGGUACCUCUCCGCAGCUGGCGUGAGAAAGUUCCGGAACCAUGACAAGAUGGAGAUUUUGUUCAAUUACUUUGGCCAGUAUCAGCAGCUCGAACGCGAUGAUGCUCUUCUGAGACCUGUUGUUGGAGACGAGUUCCCUCAGUACGAUGCCGAUGCCUCCGUUGAACGCCUCGCCAUCUUCGACGUGGCUGGCGCUGUAACCUCAGGUCGGGCUUCAGUAACUAUCACUAUGCCUGGAACCUUGGCUAAAGCUCGCGUUGACGGCGUUAGUCUUUGGCUUGAUCGUCUUAAGCACCACCUGACAAGUCUCGUUCAAGUCACGAGCGACAUGUCAACAGCCUUCACUCUCCAUGACCUGCCUCUGAUCAAGAACAUGUCUUACGACGAGCUGUCUGACAUGCGGGAAGUAUGCCUCGAACAUACCGGCCUUUGGGGUCCCGGUGCUAUCGAGGAGAUAUUCCCAUGUUCUCCCAUACAGCAGGGUAUCUUGCUAAGCCAGGCUCACAGGCCCGACCUGUACGAUGUGCGAGUCGCUCUUGAGGUGAGCUCGCGCAAUGGUUCACUCAGCGCCCAAAGCCUGGGAGAUGCCUGGAGACAUGUCGUUCAGCGGCAGCCAAUGUUGCGUACCGUCUUCCUACCAAACAUGCGUGGCAAUGGCUCGUUUGACCAGGCUGUCCUACGGGAUCCCGUACCGUCGAUUCGACAUGUAGAUCUAGGAGACGCUACGGACGACGAAAUGGCUUUACAGACAGUCAAACAGUCGAUAGCCGAGACCAAGGGCGACAUAUUUUCCUAUGGAAAGCUACCACACGAGUUUACAACUUAUACGAUCGGCAAUAAGACAUUCGUGUUUAUUCGCCUCAGUCACGCCUUGGUAGAUGGUUUCUCAUUGCCGAUAGUGCUGAAUGAUCUUCGGGAGGCCUUUGCCCAUCGCCUCAGUACCACUCCCGGUCUCUCCUACCGAGAGUUGGUAUCAUUCAUCAACGAACAGCCAGCUGAUCAGGCUAUCGGACACUGGGUGGACUUUCUCAAAGGCUCAACUCCCUGUCGCCUCCCUCCUCUCCUCGACGACGCCAGUGUGCCUUCGUCGCCCGAGCUACUAGCGAUAGAGGUAGAAGUGCCUUGUUCCAAUGCGCUGAGAGCACUCUGUGCUGAACAUGGCGUCACUAUGGCCAUUGUCUUUCAGCUCGCUUGGGCACUCGUCCUGCGUGCCUAUACUGGUGAAGACGAUGUCAUGUUUGGGUACCUUACAUCCGGUCGAGACGCGCCUAUCGAAGGUGUAAGCACACUUGUCGGACCUCUUAUCAACAUGCUCACCUGUCGCGCCAUCUUCAACGAUCGCAGCAAGACUGUCCUGCAGCUACUUUCGCAAUUGCAGGACGACUUUAUCAACGGAAUCUCUAACCAACACGUAUCGUUGGCUGAGAUCCAACACCAUCUUGGCAUCGGCUCAGAGGGUCUCUUCACAUCCAUCAUCUCAUUCCAGCGUCACGAUGCUGCUGCAGGCGCCGCAAACGAUGACGACGGCCUACUCAAGAUGACACCGAUAGAUGGACGUGACCCUACUGAGUAUGAUCUUUCGGUCAACGUGCUCGAUGAGGCUGACAAGGAUAUACAAAUUCACUUCACCCACUGGACGUCCAAAGCCUCUCCUUCCCACGCAAAGCAUAUGAUGCAAGCGCUUUCAGCUGCCCUGGUUGCUAUCUCUACCAAGCCCAAUCAACCUUUGGUCAAGGUCGACUUGGUUGGUGCCGAAACACGACGUGAAAUGGAUUCCUGGAACGCCACUGGGAUCCAGUUCGUAUCCGAUGAGUGUAUACAUAACAUCAUCGAGAGAAAUUCUCAAGCUAUGCCGGAUCGUCAGGCCAUCUGUGGCUGGGACCGGACAUUUACGUACGGCGAGCUUGAUCAGGCUGCCAAUGCCUUCGCCCACCAUAUACACUCCCUGGUUGACCUCAAGCCCGAUACCUUUGUCGCAACCUGCUUUGGCAAAUCAGCCUGGACUAUCGUCGCACAGCUAGCUAUCCUCAAGAGCGGCGGCGCAUUUGUUGCCAUCGAUCCUACGCAUCCCGCUGAUCGCGUCGAGACCAUUUUGUCCGAGUUGGGAUCACCCCCAAUCUUGCUGACCGAGUCGAAACAUCAAGAUCGUUUCAAGACGUUGUUCCCGAACAUCGUCACUGUCAAUGAGGACACUCUCAGCUCUCUGAGUGUUCCCAAUGGUCCUCCUUCGACUCGUGUACGCCACAGCAAUACGGCUUAUGCCAUUUUUACUUCUGGUAGUACUGGUCGACCCAAGGGCAUUGUCAUUGAGCAUGGAUCCCUAUCCACAGCUGCACUGACACAUGCUGGCCCGUAUCAGAUCACGAGUGAUACCCGGGCUUUACAAUUUGCUGCGUACACAUUCGACGUAUCAAUCGGAGAGACUUUCUACCCGCUAUCUCAGGGAGGCUGUGUUUGUGUCCCUUCAGAUGCCGCUCGACUUGAGGACCUAGCAGGCGCAAUCAAUGGCCUAUCUGCCGAUUGGGCAUUCCUAACCCCGACUGUUGCUGAUCUCCUGGACCCAUCACUUGUCCCUGGCCUCAAGACGCUAGUCUUGGGCGGCGAAGCACCCACAUCUGUCAACAUUCGUCGCUGGCAUGAUAAAGUAUUCCUCAUUAGUGGCUAUGGCCCUGCAGAGACUACUAUCUGGUGUAACGCCACAGGUCGUCUGAAUGGAAGCAGUGAUCCUGCUAAUCUUGGCCCGCCAAUGGGUGCCCGCGUCUGGGUAACUGAUGCUGACGACCCGUCCGUGCUGCUCCCUGUUGGAGCCGUCGGAGAGCUCCUUAUUGAAGGGCCUCUGGUUAGUCGUGGCUAUACUGACCCCGAAAAGACCGCGGCGGCUUUCAUUAGUCCACCCGGAUGGAUGACCACAGCCUAUCCAGGAAAGCUCAUCUACAGAAGUGGAGAUAUCGGUCGUUCUCGUCCUGAUGGUACCUUCUCGUUUGUACGCAGACGGGAUAACCAGGUCAAGGUUCGCGGUCAGCGUGUUGAGCUCAACGAGGUCGAGGUGCAUAUAUCACAGGCGGAAACUAGCAUUCGUCACGCUGUCGUGCUCUACCCGAAGAGCGGUGCUUGUCAGGGUCGUCUCACUGCAGUACUAUCUCAUCAUUCUCUGGGAGGUGAGGAACUGGAACAAAAGCAGACAGUGCCUGGCUCGGGGGGUAUCAUUGCUGUGCAGAGUGAUGAGGCCAUAUCCGCCAGCGACUUGAUCCAGGACAGACUUUUGUCGACGCUACCUCCAUACAUGAUUCCCAAGAUUUGGAUCACUGUUGAACACCUGCCAUCUACAACCAACGGCAAGAUGGAUCGUCGUCAGAUCUUAACCUGGGUGGAAUCGCUAACCGAUGACAACUUGGCCAGCAUCGUCCAACGCAAGUCUAACAUGACUGGAUCAGUUGAGUCACCGACAAAGCCCAAGACCAAGAUGGAAGAGCAUUUCCUCCAAAUUUGGUCUAACGCUCUCAAUCUGCCCAUUGAUGCAAUUCCCCACAACCAGCCCUUCACCAGCCUCGGCGGAGACUCCAUCACCGCUAUGCAAGUCCUCGCGAGGGCGAGAGAACGCGGCAUCACUACGACUGUCCACGAUAUCCUCCGGAGCCGAUCUAUCGCUGACUUAGCUGGCCGCUCUCGUUUUAAGAACAUUCAAUUAAACGGAUCUGAGGAUUCGAAGGCUUUGACUGUCAUUACCGAUCAGCCGUUUGCCUUGUUACCUAUCCAACGACUGUUCUUCAGAACUCAGACCUCGGUCAACCACCACUUUAAUCAGUCGUUUAUCGUCUGCCUUUCGAGACCUUUCACGGCUGAUCAGGUCCGUAUGGCUAUCAGAGCUAUUGUUGAGCACCAUCCGAUGCUUCGUGCAAGGUUCCUUGCCGAUGGCAAUGAAUGGAAACAGAAGAUCUCUCCAGAUAUCGCUGGAAGCUUCAAGUUCCAACAACACCAUUGUUCCAGCCUACCUGACUCUGUCGAGACUCUUGAUGAUCUACAGGCCAGCUUGAAUAUCAGUCAAGGACCAUUGCUUGUAUCCUGUCUUCUCGAGCUCUCAGAUGGCCAAGCGCUCUUCCUUGCCGCCCAUCAUCUCGUCGUCGACCUUGUUUCCUGGCGUGUCAUCCUGGCCGAUCUGGAGAAGCUUCUGGCGGCCACUUCGGGCACAACAAGUCUCCCAUCGCUCGAGCAAGAGGGUAUCUCAAUGCCAGCAUGGACAGAGGCGUUGAUACAAAAGUCUACUGAGUAUGACAUCAACUCUGUGCUUCCUUUUACGGUUCCUGCUGCCGACUUCUCAUUCUGGGACAUGGAUCCUACCAAGGAAACGAACAUCAUGGCAGAUACCGCCUCACUCCAGGUGCGCGUUGAUGGUGUCAGUACUGCAGCGCUUCUCGGUCCUGCCAAUGCAGCCUUCGGCACAGACCCAGACGAUUUGAUGAUUGCAGCCCUUAUCUUCUCUUUCCGAAGUAUCUUCCACGAGCGUUCAUCAAUCCCAGCUGUAUAUACAGAGUCCCACGGCCGCAAUGCAUGGGAUGAUGGCAUCGACCUAUCGCGCACUGUUGGCUGGUUGACUACCAUCUACCCUGUAGCUGUGUCUGACAUUGACAAUGCAGAACGUGACCUUCUGCGUGUAGUCCGGCAGGUUAAGGAUAUUCGUCGAAGCAUUCCCGGAAAAGGACUGCCCUACUUUGCAUACCGAUACCUAACUGAAGAGGGCCGGGCUGCAUUUGAGCACCACGAUGAGAUGGAGAUUCUCUUCAACUAUCUGGGACAGUACCAGCAACUGCAGAAAACCGACACGAUCAUCCAGCAAAUCGGAGAAACCACUUUAAGCACACAGGACGCUUCCGAUUCCACAAACCGAUUGGCUCUCAUGGAUGUGGUGGCAGCAGUCGAAGGUUCUGAACUGGUUCUGUCUCUUGGAUACAACACAAAGAUGCAGCACAAGCAUCGCUUCCAAGCGUGGCUGGACAGCUUCAAGUAUAUGCUGGAGACCCUUGCGUCCCAGCUCCCUGUCAUCCCAGCGACAUUCACUCCCAGCGAUCUUCCUCUAUUGUCUCUAGGAGAAGAUGGCCUCUCUACACUCGCAGCUGCUUGUCACGCCAAGGUGGGUAGCUGGGGCCCCGAUGUCGUCGAAGCCUCCUACCCUUGCUCCCCGUUACAACAAGGCAUUCUUCUCAGCCAAGCCAAGGACGAGUCAGCAUAUGUGGUAUCUGGCAUCUGGAAGGUAUCUCCUGCAAAGGGAGGAUCGCCAGUCAAUCUGGAUCAACUACAAAACGCCUGGCGCCGUCUUGUCCAAUAUCAUCAGAUCCUGCGUACAGUGUUCUGUGAAAGUGGCAGAAAUGACGGUAUUUACGCCCAAGUUGUCCUUAGAGAGAACACCACAGAAUCUCAGCCUACGAUUGAGGUUCGAAAAUGCGAUGGACCUGAUCCUCUCGCAUUCCUCCACUCAUCGACCCCAGCGCUACCAUCAGACAAGCCCCCCCACGCGCUGCUCAUCUGUGAUGCUGGCACUGAUGUAUAUCUUUCAUUCAACAUCAGCCAUGCAUUGAUGGACGGAACCUCCUUGGGUCUUAUGAUGGACGAUCUACUUCGCGGGUACCAUGGAACGUUGGAAGGAGUUGGACCUUCCUAUGAACCCUACAUUGCUCACGUCUACAACAAGCCCGCAUCCGAGUCCCUCUCUUACUGGUCUGACACACUGGCCAACGCUCGCCCUUGCCAUUUCCCAGUUCUUGUGGACGCAGAGGGAGAUGACACGGUGAGGUCGCUGAACAAGAUCAUGCGCCCCGUCCCAGGCGUCGAGGCCAUGCGCCAGCUCGGCCGAACCCACGGCGUGUCCAUUGCCAACUUCUUCCAAGUGGCCUGGGCAUUAGUCUUGCGUGCCUUUACGGGCUCUGACGAUAUCUGCUUCGGUUAUCUUACUUCAGGACGCGAUGUUCCUGUAGACCGUAUCGAAGAGAUUGUCGGUCCUCUUAUCAGCAUGCUUGUUUCAAGUGCCGACUUCAGCAUGAGUGAUGGUGCCCCCUCCGCAAUUGAGCUGCUACAGACAAUGAAUAGCGCCUACGUUGACAGCCUUCCCCAUCAACAUUGCUCAUUGGCCGACAUACAGCGCGUGUUGCGUAUCGGCAACAAGGGUCUUUUCAAUACCGCUUUGUCGCUGCAAAGGGUGACUACAGGAGACGAGACUCAAGACCAGAUUGAGAUCAACGUUGUCGAGGGAGAUGACCCUAGCGAGUAUAACAUCACUGUGAAUGUAGUUGAUUAUGGUGAGACUAUUGAUCUGCAUUUCACGUACUGGUCCGAUAAGAUAUCCGAUAGCCACGCAUCGGAUGUUGUCGAGGCUUUAAUACGUGCACUAGAUGCAAUCGUCCAGGACCCCAACCGCACUCUACCAGCCGUCGACAUGCUGGGAGACAGCGGUCGCAAGCGCAUCAUGGAAUGGAAUGGAGAUGGACAAGCGCCAGCCGCUCUCAACUCUACCGUCCAUGCUCUCAUCGAAGCCCACGUCAAGGAGUCACCAAACCGAUGCGCCGUCACCUCGUCGUGGGAGGGCGAACUCUCCUAUGCCGAACUUGAUAACCACGCCACCCGGCUCUCGGUCUACUUGCGAAGCCUUGGUGUUGGACCCGAGGUGACUGUACCGCUCAUCUUCACAAAGAGCAUCUGGAUGGUUGUGUCUAUGCUUGCCGUUAUGAAAGCAGGCGGCGUGUUCGUGCCUCUAGACCCAGCCCAUCCACCUGAGCGAAUUGCCAUGAUCGUCGAGCAACUUCCCAACAGGGCUGUUGCGCUGGCAUCACCUGACCGUACCGGCCUUAUCUCCGGUCUCGUUGAUAAUGUCGUGGCGUUGGACGCUGAUGAAGCUGCCUGUAUCGCCAAGGACGCCGACGGAGAUAACAAGCUACCGUCAGAUGAAGCUACGCCAGAUAACGCUGUCUACAUUAUCUUCACAUCGGGGUCGACCGGCCAGCCCAAGGGCGUUGUUCUGGACCACCGUGCUACUGCAACAGAGAUCGUCACUACCCUCGUUUAUGGAGGCUGUGUUUGCGUUCUGUCAGAGGACGAGCGAAUAAACGACCUUGCCGCAGCUAUCAACCGGCUACAGGCCACCUGGAUGCUGCUAACGCCUGCGGUAGCUAGUACACUCGACCCGUCUGAGGUACCCUGCAUCCGGUACAUCGCUCUAGGAGGAGAGUCUUCAAGCCAUGCUACCAACAAGAAAUGGAGCAAGGGCUGUAAGGUCCUCCACGCCUAUGGACCAACUGAAUGCUGUGUCAUGUGCGCUUAUGACGAUAGGACGGGACUUCUUACACGUCCUGAGGUCAUUGGUGGCUCCGUAGGUUGCAACAAUUGGGUAGUUGAUCCUCGCGACCCAAGUGUUCUGAUGCCCAUCGGCGCCGUGGGCGAGCUCCUUGUCCAAGGCCCGAUUAUGGCCCGCGGAUAUCUCAACAACCCUGACAAGACGCAAGAAUCCUUCCUGGACACUGGCCUUCCAUCGGUUUCUGGACUCUCCCGUGCAUACAAGACUGGAGACCUUGUCUCCUACUGCUCUGAGGGCAAGGGUAACAAACUCACUUUCGUGCGACGCAAGGACACUCAGGUCAAGGUGCGAGGCCAACGUAUCGAGCUGGGCGAGAUCAGCCACCAGAUCAGUGCCUCCAACGAUAAGGUAGCGACCCAAAUGGUAACCCUAGGGUCCCGCGGUACCUUGAACGGAAAAAUUGUCGCCGUCCUGACCCUUCGUGGCUUACAGACCACAGAGGAUGGUGGUGAUACUGAGCCUCUGCAGAUUCUGGAUAACCCCAAAGACAUCCAAAUCGCCAGGGACAUCGUGGCAGAAGUCCAGAACUAUAUUGCUGAUAAGCUACCUGGAUACAUGCAUCCUUCAGUCAUGAUUGUCGUCAAUCGUAUGCCCAUCAAUUCAUCUGGAAAACUCGAGACCCGACGUGUGGCUCAGUGGGUUGACGAAGUGACGGACGAGAUGUACGAGCGCAUCAUCAAGAACCUGGCUGACAACGAGCCAGAGGCUGGAUCUGAGAGCGCCCAAACCGCUGUUGUACAGAUCAUCAGCGAAGCAGUGGCUGAGGUCAUCAACCUGCCAGGCAAGGUCUCCUUGCGUCGCUCAUUUAUCAGCAUGGGAGGCGACUCCAUCACCGCUAUGCAAGUCAUGGCCCUCUGCCGACGACGAGGUGUCUCUCUACCUGUUCAGGACAUACUCAAGAGCAACAACAUUAUAGCUAUGGCGGCCAAGGCACAACAGAUUGGGGGUUCCUCCGUUGACUCAGCCAAGGAUGAGGACGAGUUUGCACCCUUCCCGCUCUCACCCAUCCAGAAGCUUCAUCUCACACAAUUCCGUGAUGGCGAGAACCACUACAAUCAAAGCAUGCUUCUCAAGCUGCGACGCCCUAUUUCUGAGACUGUACUUCACGAGGCUCUUUUGCAAUUAGUUCGUCGUCAUCCAAUGCUCCGCGCCCGUUUCGAUAACGACUCAACACGUGGGCAAUGGACGCAGAGGGUGACCAACGACAUCCAAGGCUCUCUCUCCUACGCUGUUACCGAGUUUAACACUUUGGAAGAGGCCAUGGGUACCAUGAUCGAAGCCGAGCGUGGCCUUGACAUUACUGCUGGUCCGCUGGUGGCAGCCCGGGUAGUACGAGUUCAUGACUCUAUGUCUAUCUUCCUGGUCGCGCACCAUCUUGUCAUAGAUCUCGUUUCCUGGCGAAUAGUAUUGCAAGAUCUAGAGCAACUUAUCGCGGGAACUUCGUUACCUGGAACACAGAUGUCGUGGUCAUACCAGCGAUGGGCCCACAGUCUUAUGAAGUAUGCCGAGACAAACGCAUCGACUGCUCUCGCGCUUCCGUUUACUCCAACAGAGCCAGAUCUUGACUUCUGGGGAGUGAAGAAGACUUCUAAUGACUUCAACAAUUUGGUGCAGGGCGACUUCACUCUCGAUCCUUCCCUGACCUCCGCCCUUCUUGAUUCUGCAGACAAGAACCUCAAGGCCGAAGUCCUCGACGUCCUACUAGCCAUGGCUGCACACACCUUCUCCUCCGUGUUCUCUGACAGAGCAGCACCCACGUUCCAUACUGAGACUCAUGGUCGAGACCACCCGCAAGACACGACAGCUUCAGUGCAUGAAACAAUCGGUUGGUUCACUGCCAUUGCUCCACUUGUGCUUGACACCCCGAGCGAUGAGUACAUUGACUCUGUCAUUCGCGUCAAGGACAUGCGUCGUGCUAUACCAGGCCUGGGAAUUCCCUACUUCACAGCCAAGACCCUUCAGGGGUCUCAGACUCUACCGGUAGAGAUCCUGUUCAACUAUCUCGGCCGAUUCCAACAGCUUGAGCGCGACGAUGGGCUUUUUGAGUCUCUUCCAAAGUCCAUGGGCCCCGUCGAUGUCAAUCUUUCAGCUGCCCGCUUAUCAGUCAUUGAUAUCUCUGCAGUCGUGGAGAAGGAUGCCCUGACCGUGUCAUGGAACUACAGUGCACAGAUUCAGCAUCAGGACAAGUUGUCCAAGUGGUUUGCCCUGUAUGAGCAAGCAUUGCAUGAGGUCGUCUCUGCACUACAGAAGACAUCCUUGCAACUCACAAAGAGCGAUGUGCCCCUUCUGCCCAUCUCCCACCAACAACUCAAGCCACUCAACAAGGCACUGGCAGCUGUGUCGCGCAAUGGUGUUGAGGCAGUAGAGGACGUUUAUCCCACGUCACCCAUGCAGCGCGGUAUCCUUCUCAGUCAGUCCAAGGAUGCCUCGCAGUACGACGUCCACGCGGUCUGGGAGAUUACCCCUGCCAACCGCCACGACUCAGUUGACGUUUCUCGUCUCCAGCGUGCCUGGUACCGCGUCAUUCAGCGACAUUCUAUGCUACGCACCGUAUUCAUUGACAGUGUUGUGGAUAACUCUCCAUUCGACCAGGUUGUCCUCAACAAGUUCCGUCCCUCUAUCAAGUUACUUACGUACGAUGAUGAUGAGGAGGAUCAUGACUCUAUGAUGGAAGAGCUUUGGGAGUCAGCUAAUGGGAGCUUCGCACAAAAUGCUCCUCCACACCGCCUUGCACUUUGUUCCGAUACUCAAGGAAAGGUCUACGCACACUUCCAGGUCAGCCACGCCUUGAUCGAUGCGGGUUCCUUGCGGACUAUCAUCAAGGACUGGUCUCUCGCCUAUGCCAGCCCUAACCUCACCAUGACCCCUGACCAAAGCGAGAUCCGUCAUCUUCAUACCGACGUCGACUCAGGAACCCGCCUCAAGGCCCUAGCAAAGGAGCUCAACAUUUCCAUGGCCAGCAUCUUCCAACUCGCAUGGGCGUUAGUGCUCCGUUCCUACACCAAUCUCCAGGACAUUUGUUUUGGUUAUGUUUCCUCAGGCCGAGAUGUCGAGCUUGAUGGCAUUGUAGACGCAGUAGGACCGUUCAUCAACAUCCUCGUCUCCCGCAUCGUCUUUGGUAAAGGAGACACUGCUGCCGCAAUGCUUAAACAGCUAUUUUCCACUUAUCUGGACAGUCUACCACACCAGCAUGCGUCGUUGGCUGACAUCACGCACGCACUCAAGAUGCCUGGUGGAAAGCUAUUCAACACAGCCUUUUCAUUCCAGAAGAUUUCCCAGUCUAACGGCGGUGGCAAGGCUCAGGACCUUCCACUCUCGUUUAGCACCAUUGGGGGAGCUGAUCCCACAGAGUUUGACGUAACAAUCACCGUGAUCGAGAACGACUCGAGCAUUGAGUUUUCCAUUCAAUACUCGACCUCAUUCCUUUCCGAACCCCAAGCCAACAAUCUCUCUCAGAGUCUCAUUCAGGCUCUAGAUGCUAUUGAAGCCACUCCAUCAGAGGCCAUCGAAACUCUCGAUCUUGUGCCCGCAAAGCACAUGGAGCAGCUCAAGACGUGGGGCGAUCGUCUCCCUCCCACCGUCGACAGACAUGUUCACGAUCUAUUUGACGACAUGGUUCGCAGCACACCAACAGCACCUGCUAUUCAUGCGUGGGACGGAGAGUUCACAUACGCCGAGCUAGACAGGGAAUCAUCACGUCUGGCUGGUCUCCUUCUCAAGCAAGGUGUCAAGCCCGAUACUUUCGUUGCUCUCUGCUUUGAGAAAUCAGCCUGGGUCGCCGUUGCUUAUCUCGCCAUCCUCAAAGCGGGCGCUGCCUUUAUGCUCUUGGACCCAGAAGCGCCCAUAGAGCGUAUCCAGUACAUGAUGGAACAGACCAAGACAUCUAUGGUCCUUUGCUCGCCCACAUACAAGGACAUGGUUGAUGACUGGGACGCUACUGCCAUCGUGAUUAGCAAAGAGGUCAUGGGUACACUACCUGAUUUCGCUGGUCCAUUCCCGAACAUUUCAACUUCCAGUGCCGCAUACAUCAUCUUCACGUCUGGUACGACUGGCAAGCCCAAGGGCGCUGUUAUUGAACACGGUGCAUACAGCAGCAGUGCCAUUGCGCAGAAGAAGGCCCUGUAUAUCGGACCCGGAUCUCGAUUCUUGCAGUUCGCUUCUUUCAUGUUUGAUGCCACCAUGAUUGAAAUGGUCACGCCUCUUCUUUCAGGUGGAUGUGUCUGCAUACCGCGACGACAGGAUAUCAUCAGCGACUUACCUCGCGUGGUGAGAGAAAUGAACAUCAACAUGGCAAUUCUCACCUCUUCCUUUAUACGAACCAUGAGCCCAGAGGAGGUGCCUACUAUCAAGAGGUUGAUCCAAGGUGGAGAGCCUUUAUCCCAGAAGGACAUUGAUAUCUGGGCUGACAAAGUCAUACUGGGCAACGCCUAUGGUCCCAGUGAAUGCUCAGUCAUGGCAUCUUGCCUAUCUGAUGUAUUGAGAACAUCUGAGCCGUCCAACAUCGGCUACCCCGCGGCAUGUGCCCACUGGGUGACAGAGCCAGCCAACAUGCAUCGUCUUGUUCCUAUCGGUGCCAUCGGCGAGCUCCUCCUUCAAGGCCCAACACUUUCACGAGGCUAUAUCAACAAUCCUGACAAGACCGCCGAGGCGUUUGUCACAGGACUCAACUGGGCCACGCAAGUAGGCCGAGACCCUGACACGCGUUUCUACGCCACUGGUGAUCUGGUGCGCCUUAACUCUGAUGGUUCGGUUACUUUUGUCGGCCGCAAAGAUACACAGAUCAAGAUCCAUGGUCAACGAAUGGAGUUGGGCGAGAUCCAGCAUCAUUUGACAACCAUUGAUGAGAUCCGACACUCGGUCGUCUUGAGCCCGUCCGAAGGUCCCCUCCAGAAGCGACUUGUAGCUGUCCUUGAGCUCGCAAACCUUUCCUCUACAGCUGCCUCAUCCGAAGAGAUAAAGCUUAUCGAGCCAUCUCUCCGCUCAAAGGCCACAGAGAGUAUCCAGCGCAUUCGCGACAUUAUCACCCAGCGUCUCCCAUCCUACAUGAUUCCAUCUACCUGGAUCGUCGUGCAAAGCAUGCCAACCAUGAUAUCUGGAAAGCUCAAUCUUCCAGCCGUUCAAUUCUGGGUCCAGAACAUCAACGACGAGACUUAUCAGGAGCUUCAUGCAGCAGAGGCAGUCAGUGAGCUAGACUCGAGCGACUAUGUCGCUAUGCAAGUCAGUCGUAAACUGAGCUCGCUUCUUGUCGAUGCCCCUGGUAGCACUGGUAAGCUGGAAGACUUUGUGGGCAAGGAUAUCGUACCGAUGCAGUGUGGCCUGGACUCUAUCACAGCCAUUACAUUCUCGACAUGGUUGCGCAAGACUUUUGGUGUGACCAUCUCGCUCGCCACCUUGCUCUCUCUUGACACUAGCAUUCAGACACUUGCCGUGACCAUCAAGGCUGAUAUGGCCAAGGUCGGAUCCUCAGGCCCAUCCAAUGUCGAAUCUGUCACAGAAUCAACAUCCACAACAAAGGCGGCCAUCGACCUACACUCAGAGUUUCAACACUAUGACCAGGCAUUGUCCCAGCUACCAGUAUCAGAGAUCCCUAAUACUGGUGUUGCCAAAAUCCCAUCCAACUUCCUUGUUACAGGCUCAACUGGUUUCCUCGGCAGUCAAAUCGUCAGGCAACUCAUCCUCCGGCCUAACAUUAACAAGGUAUUCUGUCUUGUCCGCGCCGAAGAUGACAUCCAGGCUCAAGAGCGAAUGAUGGAGGUCGCCCGCAAGGGACAAUGGUGGCAACCCGAACUUUCUGAGCGUAUCGAAGCAUGGAGCGGCGACCUGGCCAAACCGCAUCUUGGACUCGAUGACACACGCUGGGCGUCUGUAGUCGGCGGUUCCAUCGAUGCUAUCAUCCACAACGGCGCUAUGGUCCACUGGCAUCUCGGCUAUCGUGACCUCAAGGACGCCAAUGUAGGCAGCACGUUUGACCUCCUGUCAGCCUUGUCCAAAGCCCCGUCGCCCCCUCGCUUCGCCUACGUGACGGGCGGUUACUUCCCCGAUGAGGAGAGAACGGACAAUGAGGUCUUGGACCUAUUGCAAGGUGGCGAUGGUUACUCGCAGACAAAGUUCCUCUCCGAAGCGCUCGUCCGCUCUCAUGGGCAGCGACUAUGUCGACAUUCGGCAACAUUCCCUAUGCCCGUCGUCAUUCAACCAGGCCUCGUUAUUGGUGACGCAGACCAUGGAGUUUCCAACCUUGAUGAUUUCCUGUGGCGAGUUGUAGCUUCUGCUCUUCGCAUUGGUGCGUACAACGUCGACGAGUUUAAUGACCCCAACGCCUGGCUGCUGGUCGCCGGCAGUGACCAGAUCGCUACGUCUACCAUAGAUGCUUGCAUGACAACAGUCUCUGCCUCUGCAACAACAACAAUCCCGCCAUCUAUUCGUUUCGUUGAUGGUGUCCCUGUCAAAGAACUCUGGAACCUACUCAUCGAUGAAUUCGACUUCUCUCUUCGCCCCAUGUCUGGUCCAGAAUGGCUUCAAGCUCUUGAGAAUGAUAUGGAUAGCCAAGGUCCUAGUCAUCCGCUCUUCCCUGUCUUUGAGUUUCUCCAACUGAAACAAGGAGCUGUCGGCACGCUCAAGCCCACGAACGGGGACUCUAUUUGCCCCCAGGUUGAGACGCUAUAUCGUCUCAGGCAAAGUGUUGACUACCUCAACAACAUUGGAUUCUUUGCUUCAUCAGAUUCAGUUUCUCCCUUUGCCUCUAAGGCUGCUUUCAGACGUACUGGCUUGAGACCUGCUAAAACGGCUCAUUUUUAA